CGCCGGACAAACGCUCGUGACCUCGACGGCCGGGAUGUUUGAACCGUUCAAACGGCCCGUAGCUGUUCUUAUCUGAUUCUGUGCAGCCGACCGGCCAGUCCGGCGUUUCAAAUUUCGAUAGCUCGUCGGAGUUUUCUUGAACCUUAUUUUUUUUUUAGGCGCGAGUUGACCGCACAGCCGCCAAGAUUGAGGAAAUAGAGGCAGCGGCGCAGAGCCUCUUCACUCGUGUGAAGGCUCGCCAGAGGACUCCCAGCAAGAUGCCGCCUUCGUCUCCGCGGUCUGCAAAACGAAAGAUACAGGACGUGGCAACAUCGGACGCUUCUAUUAGUUCCGACCGCAGCACUAUAUUCAAGAAGAUCUGUGCAGACGAUUCGGGAAAGAGCCUGGGAACUGAUAAGGAUAAAGAGAACGACGUGCCCAUGCCUUCAGUUGAGCAGAUGCCACAAGGUGAAGACCCAAAGGUGGGGCUCACCAAAGCGUCCACCCUGAGUGAAGCGAGAGGACAUGCUAGCAACGGCACUGGCACUGACCAACCGAUCGUAACGGUCUCUGUGGCCGCGAGGGCUGCCCUAUUCGAGAGUGAAAUCUCCAAGUCCGGUGGCAACAAUGGCCGAGGCACCCUCCCUCUCAAGAGGCCGAUUUCAAGACCGCCUCUGAAGCAGUCCUUCUCCUCGCUGAAUGUGGGACGCUCGUCCUUCACGAAAACCAGUGUCCCUCCCUUGAAUGCAACUGCCAAGUUGUCUGCCAACUCGGCAGAAGAGCUGGGUGCAGCGGUGACUCCACCACCAGCCGAGAACAGAGGAAAAUCACUUGCUAGGCCUCGUACUCCCAAGAAGCCAGAAUUGCCGGGUCUUGCCAUCAUCAAGGAACCUGAAGGCAAAACUCCUGCAACGAAGACAGAUGCAGAUGAAAAUGGAAUGGCUGUGGACACUGACAAUGUCGAAACUGUUCCCCAUGCUUCAGCAGCCCUUUUGUCUGUGGAUGACUGCGGCGAGGAUGCGGACGAUUCUGUGUUUGAAAAUGGUUCACUUUCUCUUCCACAUGAGGAAGAUGACAUUGCACACGAGGCAAGCAAGGUUGCUACAAUUCACGAGCAGUGCCCUGAUGAAGGCAUCUUGCACAAAACUGGGAUCCCUCCUGUGAUCGAUCAGACUGUAAUUGAUCAGACUGCUCAGAGUGUCACUGCUGUAAAUGAAGGCCAGUCACAAGGUGCUGCGGAGGAUUAUGGCCAAACUGAAAAGGCCAAUACAGCCACGCCAAUAGAAGCUGAAACUUUGCUUCCGUCGACCACACCCUUGGAAACUGAAACAUCGUCUCCAGCUGAAGCUACACUGAUACACGAAGCAGGAACCAGUGGCCUUUGA